GGCUGUGGCACUGUAGUUAAACUAAGAUGACAAGUCUGAUACCAACCUGUAAAGCAGGCGGUGGGGAACUGUUUUCAUUCCACGGCCAGAGGUGUCAAAAGUAAAAGUAAAAGUAAAAAAAAGAAACACAGUUUCCUUCCAACACAAGUAACUUAUCUGAGUAACCAGUAGACCUGUGUACUUGUCUUACGAUCAGCUAACUCUGCACUGGUUGGAUCAAGUUUGUGGUGGGUCCUUGUUAGGUUUUCAGUGUUUUUCAGUAAUAACACAGUUUAUCUAUCUCAUUAGGUAUAAUGGAGUAAAUGUUAUAACAGCUAUGUAAUGCCAUGUGCUAGUGUUGUAAUUGCACCACAAAAGUACUUUUACUUUUAGUUUUGACACCUCUGUCCACGGCCGUAUAUGAGCAAAGACCAGGAUUUCCUACUGCACUUUUGGCCUAUAGAUAUUGAAGGAGCCACCUUUACAAUGAACCCCAACUUAUAGGUCCCCUGCAAAUAUAACUUCAUUGUAUUGCAAAUGUAAUUUCUUAGAUUUCUUUUCAAAUCAUGUCAUACUUCACGUGAAACUGCAUAAUAUUAAAAUUACGGUAUAUCGGGGGCCGGAUAAGACGGCCUCAAGGCCUAUAAAAGGCCCUCAGGGCAUUGGUUCCCCAGCCCUGCUGUAAAGUGACAGAAGAGGGAAACUGCAGUACGCAAUGUGGCUUUAAGCAGAGUAAUCGUUGAGAACGGAUGGAUGAUCCUUCUCAGGUGGUGCUGGCUGGGCCUGCAGUAGCAAGAUGUUGUGGUUACUGAGCAACAUUGACCCACUCUGGGCCUCACUGGUGGGACUCGCGAUCGGGGUUUACUGGUUGCGGAGGAACAUCGAUCCUAAAUAUGUGGAGGCACAGGCUCGAGCCAAGACAGCCUCAGACAGCCUACGCAUGUGGGCCGAGAAGCACCAUAUCGAACACCAGAUCGACAAGUUGGAGGUAGACUUCAGACGCGAACGCUCGAAAAAGGGUCACCCCAUCUUCAAUCUGGGCAUGGUCACGAUCCUGGAUGAUGUUCUGAAGGAGAUCAUGGGUAGAAUGAACGUGGAGUAUACACCCGAGGACCUGCAGAGCAUGAUCUUUAGAAAUCUCCCGUCGUUCUUCGAUAAAACUAGGAUGAAAAUCCUAGAAGAAAACAUGGUUGUUGAUUUGAACCACAGCAUCCCUGACUUCAGCACGGAGGUGUUUGGGAUCUUCAGGCACUUCCUGGUCCAAGUCAUCACAGACUGCAUGGUAGACCAAAUUAUAAACAUCCACAGCAACUCCCGCAAGAAACUGACCAAUCGUGUGAAUGAGCUUGUGGAGCUGAUGAUCCAGCAUGAGGUGUUCAUCGACACCAUGGCCAGGGAUGAGUGGCUGUUGAACGGGAGCAGGAACAGACAAGAGGAGGAAGAACACCAGGUGUACCAGACACCAGAGGGGAGAGAGGCAGUUUACCGGAGGGUGAGGAAAGCAUUGGACCAAAAGAUGAAGGUGAUCUUUGAAGACCUGAGGAAGAUUUUGGGACAAAUGAAGCUGGCCCACGAAAAUGGCUAUGUGGUGAACCACUAUUGCACUCAACCUUCGAAGUCGGACAAUGACGAAAUUUAUCAUCCGGAAGCAGAUCCCAACCCGGAGUUGGAUUUCGAUUAUUUAAAGCCUGACUACAACAUAUAGGGGUUUCACACCUGGUCCCUUUCAGCCAUUUAAGGCCAUUUUCACACCUACUCCUCUUUAAGUGAACCAAACUCAGUCCUCUUUAAUAGGGCCAAAAACUGAACCGACAGCAAAAGGACCCAGUUCUAUUUUUGUUCAUAUUGUGAGUGUGUUACAGAAAGAACCGGCUGAUCUUUCUGGUCCUGUUAGGCUUUUAUGGUGUGUCAGUCCUCUUUUUGAUCACACCCGGUCCUCUAGAGCCCUAAUUAAGUGAUUACACCUUGUCACAAGUGUGAUUUGUCAGGACUCAGAAGCAACCUCUCCUUCAAAAAGCAUCACUUCUUAUGGAUGUAUCCAAAACAUGUAUGCAUGGUGUCAUCUUUUCACACAUUUCAUAUUGCAUAACCUAUUGGGGACAGGUCAAUGAAUCUACCAUUAGACCAUUGAAAUUACAAUAUAAACAAGCUGUAAAGAUUCUUGACAAAAAAAUACUUCAUUACCACCACUGCAAUAUUUUAGACAAACACAAUUUAUUGGAAAAGUUUAGAGUUUUCAAGCCUCUGUCUAGUGUACAAGAUUCUAGAGCUGGCCCCAGCUUGGACAUGCCAUAUGAGUGAUUUGUUUGUUUUUAUGUGUAUUUUCAUUUGUUUUUGAUUGCUUUACUUUAUUAUUCUAUUGUAUUUUAUUUUAUGUUAAUGUUAGGGACUACAGAUGCAAAUUAACUUAAGGCUAACUCUGGUAAAGUGCAUGAAAUGGAAACAUUUAUGUUUCAAUUGUACAUGGUCCCAAUAAAAUGAAU